GGCGUAACGUAAACGCAGCAAAAGUCGAGUCGAGUUGGAAGAGUGUAUUAGGCCGCAGAGCAGCAGUAUUUUUUUUUUUGCUGUGGCAGUAUAUUCGGCUAGAUAGCAAAAAGGCCCGUCGCAGCAAAGGUCCUACUGUUGAGUAGUAAAAUCUCGGCCGUUCGAAAAUGACGUGUUUACUGUGAGCGAACGAUUGUGAUGUGAAGUACACUAAGAGUGAAUUUUCGGCUGAGUUUUUGAGGUCCUUGCCAUUAGUGACUGUGAAGUAGGAGUGGCGAACAACUAGUCGUGUGUACGCGUCAAGUGUUCAAGUGAGUGCUAUAGCAAUCUGUUGCGCUGCAGUGCGAACCGUGUGCCAAAAAUCAGUGACUGGAGAACCGGGUUCCGUGUGGGUGCUGAACGAAGAACAGUGCGGUUGUAAAUUUUAGUGACGAAACAAAUUGUGCUUUUUUACCAUUAGGAAACAAAUUGUGCUAGUGUUUUUUAUUACUCGAAAUCCAAUGUGAAUGUGAAAUUCCAAAUUGUGUGUAACCCAAAUUACCGGUGUCGAAAAUUGCCAAGUAAUCAGUAGAGCAUAUAUCGGGGGAGUGCUGCGACAGAUCAGAAGAAGUGCGUUCCAAGUCCUCAAAGUUAGUCAAAAUUUGCAAAGCGAAAAACCCCCCAAGCAGAAGAGCUGAGGGAGCAAAAUGUCGUUUCGUGUUGUGAGAAGUUCAAAAUUUCGGCACGUUUACGGCCAGGCGCUUAAACGGGAACAGUGCUACGACAACAUCAGGGUCUCCAAGAGCAGCUGGGACUCCACGUUCUGCGCGGUCAACCCGAAGUUCCUCGCCAUCAUCGUCGAGUCGGCAGGCGGAGGUGCCUUCAUUGUACUGCCACAUAAUAAGGUUGGACGUAUCGCAGCUGAUCAUGCACUGGUCGGAGGACACAAAGGACCUGUAUUAGACAUUGCCUGGUGUCCACACAACGAUAAUGUGAUCGCCUCCGGAUCAGAGGACUGUGUCGUCAAGGUUUGGCAAAUACCAGACGGUGGACUGACACGAACCAUAACCGAGCCCGUGGUAGACUUGGUAUACCAUCAGCGACGGGUAGGCCUAGUGUUAUGGCAUCCGUCAGCCCUAAACGUCCUCCUCACAGCCGGAUCAGACAACCUGAUCGUGAUCUGGAACGUCGGCACAGGUGAAGUGCUGGUGCGGAUUGAAUGCCAUCCGGACACGAUCUACAGCGCGUGCUGGAACUGGGACGGGUCACAACUGGUGACCACAUGUAAGGAUAAGAAAAUUCGCAUACUCAAUCCCCGGUCGGGUGAAAUUCUCACCGAGGCUAUUGCACACGAAGGAUCGAAGGCGACACGUGCAAUAUUUUUACGACAUGGACUCAUUUUUACGACUGGCUUCAAUCGAUCCUCGGAACGACAGUAUUCUCUACGAGCGCCGGACGCUUUGGGUGACCCUAUUGUGAUGGUGGACCUGGACACCUCGAACGGUGUGAUGUUCCCACUGUACGACCCGGACACGAAUCUGAUCUAUCUGUGCGGAAAAGGCGAUUCGGUUAUCCGUUACUUCGAAGUGACACCAGAGCAACCAUUUGUGCAUUACAUUAAUCAGUUCCAGACACCAGACUCCCAGCGAGCUAUCGGUAUGAUGCCUAAGCGAGGAUGUGACGUCAGCACUUGCGAGCUAGCACGAUUCUACCGACUCAACAACAGUGGCCUGUGUCAGGUGAUCUCCAUGAUUGUGCCUCGGAAGAGCGAACUAUUUCAGGAAGAUCUCUACCCGGAUACGCUCGCCGAUGAGGCGUCCAUAUCAGCGGAAGACUGGAUCUCCGGGUCGGAUGCAGAUCCUCAGUUAGUAUCUCUAAAAGAUCGUGUUUUCGUUGAAAAGGGUGGAUACGUUUCGCAAUCCCAGAGCACCACGCUGACGGUAACCAAGAAGUCCAACGUGCUCGACAAAAUGCCACCUCGUGGACCAAAGAGCUCUCCGGUAGCGGGAGCAGCAGCCACCACGACAUCCACGGCCACUUCCAACGGAUCCUCCGGCGCUUCUAACGGAACAACGCAAUCGAGUGCGCCUGCCACCACUGCAUCCAGCGCUGCCAGUCAACCGGAGCCAGUAGUCAUCAGUGGAGUUUCGGAACAAGCACUUACUGAUCUGCGCACCAAAUUCGAGGAUGAAUUCAGGAAGCUAAAGGCAAUCAUUGUAAAGCACGAAAACCGUAUCCGCUCCCUAGAGGCCACCGUGAAAGCCAUGGCCGACCGAGGACUGACCGAACCCGACGCUCCUCUGCUAAACACCUCGACGCCUUCACCCACCAUCGUCGGAACGAACCAAUCGGUGGCAAAUGCCCACGAUGACCAGCACGGCGAUGGCGGUGGCCACUACACCAACACGAACCUAGCCCCGGACGAAGUGUAGAGAGCAUAACGCGCCCCCUUGGUCAAGAGCACACAACCUGAACAAACCAUUUGGAAUUGGCAUACUCAAGCAGUGAAUGUACUAGGUACUGGCAAAGCAAGCAAACUACUUUAUAUUCGAAUGAUGCAUGCAAAACUACAUUUACAAAACGUGUAAGAACUGCGGCUUAAACAGGAAACAGAUGCAUGCAUGAACACAAGCAAAGAGGAAAACGCGAGCGCUCAAACAAAAGUUUUUAAUAUUAUUUUUAAAAUAAUAUAUAAAGUAAAACCAAUCGUGUGAACAGAAGAAAAUAUUUAUUUGUGUUGAUUUUUAUUGCAAACAAAAAAUGAGAGAAACAAAGAAUGUGGUAUCAUCCGAACUCUAUCAACUGUGGAGAAUGAAAACAAAAAAUGCCUUGUUGCUUGAAGCUAAAACAACAUACUUAAGAUAGAAAUCGAAAAAAGCCUAUAUUUAAUUAAGUGGAACUAAAUCAAACAAAAACAACUAAAACUUUGUAAAUUUAAAAUCAGAAGCAGGAGACACUUAUUAUAAAUUUACUUUUAUUAGAA